AUGACUGCUGGAAUACCGGCUAUAAAUGGUAUGAAGCAAGUUUCAAAUUUUGCAUUCACAGGAUCCUUGAAUUUGUGUCAGCGGAAAUGCAUUGAAGAUGAGGAUGACCAAGAAAGGGAGCCAUACCCAAACUCGACUACAGGAAUAAUUGUCGCCCUUCAAGUCGAGAGUAAAGUUGUAAUUGACGGCUCCUUGGACAUUGAGUGA